AUGUUUGUGUUAGUGUGCAUGUGCAAACGUGAGCAAUGUCUGCAUACAGAGAAGAAAUCCACAACAAUCUCAUUGACGGACCCGAUGAUGACUACAGCGGUGCAGAGCUGCGAUAUUCAGUGUUUCAGAAUCCAGGAAAACAUAGAAAGAGGUUUUGCCAAGAACCCUUCAAGGUGGCAACAGCGUGUCUGACUGCCUUCUGCCUGAUUUUGCUCUUGGUCCUGGUGGUCACAGGUCUUCACGCUGGCAAGACCAGUUCAUCAGGUCAGGAUUCCUCCUCCAGUGCUGCUGCAGCACACCAGCAGACAGGCUCCAUUAAUGUAACAGCUCUGACCACUGAGCUGCAGACGGCCAAGAGAGAGAAGAGUGAACUGGAGAAAGACAAGAGUGAACUGGAGAAAAAGAAGAGGGAACUAGAGAAAGAGAAAAGUGAACUGGAGAAAAAGAAGAGUGAACUGGAGAAAAGGAAGAGUGAACUGGAGAAAGAGAAGAGUGAACUACAGAAAGAGCUGUUGCAGCUCAAGGAUAAAGUCACUAAGUGUGAGGUGACUCCUGCACCCCGAACCACUCCAGCGCCGACCACAAGUCCUUGUCCUCAAAACUGGAAGCAUUUUAAUGGCAGCUGCUACUUCAUCUCAGUGACCACCAGGAGCUGGACAGACAGUCAGACGUACUGCAAGAGAUACGGAGGACACCUGGCCAUCAUCCUCACAGCUGAGGAACAAACAUUCAUAUGGGACCUACUGCCCCGCGGAUACUGGAACGCUUUCUGGUUUGGCAUUAGUGAUGAAAAAGUAGAAGACGACUGGCACUGGGUGGACGGAACCAAACUGGUGGGAGGUUUCUGGGAAGACGGCGAGCCCAAUAACCAUAUUGAUGAAGACUGUGGCUACAUGAUAAAGACUGAUGUUUUGACCCGUGUGGCUAUAAAGAGCUGGUAUGAUGCACCCUGCCACAUGUCUUUGCCAUGGAUCUGUGAGAAACCGGCAUCCUCUUGAUCAUCAUCUUCAUCACCUUCACUGAUCAUUAAUAAUACAUUACACAUUGUGUUUAGAUUGUCUCAGGGUUUAAAAUGUCUAACUGCAGUCAAAAUGCAUUUAACUGUAUUUUAUAAAUCUAACAGGGUAUAUUUGUUCCUAAUUUAGUUAUUUUUUACACUAGGAUGAGCGAGUUAUUUCAUUAACUGCUUGAAUCUUAUGUUAAACCAUAAACUAGCUUGAGUCUGAUUUGUCACAACCAUGAGGUAGCCUAUAGGCUAUAUGUUUUUAGCAUUUUAGCACAACGUUCGUUAGGCUAUGUUUAGCACAUGUUUCUGUAUGCUAUUGCUAAACUACUUGUUGUGUUUUGUUUUGUCUUUGUAAACUGUACAUGUUGUCUCUGUAGUUUAAAGGGUACCGAUUUUAAAACAGAAGUCUUAUUUUUGUGAGGUACAAAAGUAUUCAGCAAGAGUUUAAGAUGCAAAGAAACAUUAGCGAGUAAUGUGAGGAGUAAACAAUGAUUUUAAAAAGAAAUAAAUGUUAUAUAAAACAAAUAAAAUUGAAAAUUAUUGUAGCGGAAACAUUGCUGUCCAAUAUUUAUAAACAGUAUAUGUAAUGUAUAUAGGGGUCACCAACAAGGUGCCUGCGGGGCAUCAGGUCACCUGCGAGGAUCACAAGAGUGCCGGCUAUGUUAAAAAUGCUGUAGAUUUGGUAAUUGUUUGAUAACUUCAGUAAAAUCUGAAAGCUCAUUUAUGUUACACAGUUGAUAAUCUGCACAAAUAUGGUACACCGUAGUGCAUGAUUUCUUAAAAAAUGUAAGUGGCUACGGAAAAUAUUGUAAAAAUUAUCAUUUGAAAAUGUAAAAUACUUGCAGAGGUUUAUAGAAAUAAAGUGUUGCAUAUAUU